AUGAACCUCUCAGCACCGCCCAUGGACGCCACCGUCAAAUCCCUUGUUUCGAAGCUCGCCUCCGUCUCCGAGCGAACCCGCACGGAGGCCCUCCGCGAGCUCCGCCUGCUCUCCAAAAACGACGCCGACAGCCGCCUCCUGAUCGCCGACGCAGACGACGCCGUCCCUCUGAUCGCCGAGUCCCUCUACUCCCCCGCCGCCGUUCUCCAGGAGAACGCCGCCGCGGCCCUGCUCAACAUCUCGAUCGCCGCCAAGGAGCGCCUCAUGUCCUCCCACGGCGUCCUCGACGCCCUCUCCCACGCCCUCCGCCACCCGGCCUCCCCCUCCGUCGCCCAGUGCGCCGCGGCCACCAUCUUCAGCCUCCUGACCGUCGAGUCCUUCCGCCCCAUCAUCGGCCACAAGCGGGACAUCAUCUUCGGGCUUGUGGAAAUCGUCCGAAGCCCGCGUUGCGCGGCCCAGUCCAUCAAGGACGCCCUUCGGGCCCUGUUUGGCGUGUCCCUCUACCCCUUAAACCGGACCCAGAUGGUGGAGCUCGGGGCCAUCCAGGCCCUUUUCUCCCUGGUGGUUAAAGACGGGCGGGUUGGGCUGGUGGAGGAUGCCACAGCUGUCAUAGCCCAAGUAGCGGGCUGUGAGGAUAGCUGGGAGGUGUUUAAACGGGCCUUGGGAGUUGAGGUCCUGAUGGAUUUAUUGGAUAAUGCAACUGGGUCGAGUAAUCGGACUAAGGAGAAUGCGGUUUCAGCUCUGCUUAAUUUAGUCCAAUUUGGAGGGGAAGUGGUUGCAAAUGAAGUUAGAGGAAAAAUGGAGGAAAGGGUUAUGGAUGGCAUUCUUGAUGUGGUGGAGAAUGGGAGUGAGAAGGGGAAGAGUAAGGGUUUGGCUCUAUUGACACUGCUCAACAUACGUUUGGAGGCUUUGUCGAGCCAAUCUGAAAUGUAA